CCUGAAGUCAUCCCUACCGCAGCCUUCUCAAGGAAGACCUCUUGAUGAAAAAAUUGAAGUCUGAUCUUAAAGAGUCGAUGAGUGAGAGUCGAGGAAGAAAAGAAAAAUUGUCAGAUUGCCGAAAUCUUGAGAAGCUUCCGAUGCAGUCUGUCAAUGAAGUAGGGGUUCUAUGCGUCGGCCAAGACUUUGCGAACAUCGCAGAUCUCCGGAAGGCUGUCGCUGAUGAUGUUGUGAAGAACAGGUACAAGUAUCGCAACGUGAAGUCCGAUACAGCACGGUAUAAUGUGAAAUGCAAGGCCGAGAACUGCAAUUGGCGGCUGCAUGGCUCAAUCAUCGAUGGUGGACCGACGUGCAGCAUCAAGUCGGUAACGACGCACACAUGUGGCGACAUCUCCAAACUGUCGAAAGUCAAUGCAACGGCUUCUUGGGUUUUCCGAUUCAUCGAGCCGAGACUGCGGGGUUACUCACCAGUGGAUAUCGUGAAAUAUAUAUAUCGACAGCAUGGCGUGCAAAUCAGGUACCGCCUCGAGUGGACAGCAAAGGAGGUCGCGAAGGCGAAAAUUGUUGGGCUCGACGACGACGGGUUUCGCAACCUCCGGCUGUAUUGCGAGGAGGUUCAACAUUCUAACCCGGGGAGUCGUGCAUUCGUGCAGACCGAGAAAGGGUCCCCUCGCUUCAAGCAUUUGUUUUAUGCGCUUGAUGCUUGUCUGACCAGUUUCAUGCACUGUCGCCCCCUGUUGGGCCUCGACGACACUUUCUUGAAAACAAGGCACAAAGGUGUUUUGUUAUGCGCAACGGUCGUGGACGCUGAGGGACACUUGUUCCCGGUGGCGUUUGCAAUUGUACCCGGCGAGGACCGUGACAAUUGGUUCUGGUUCCUACAUCACCUCUCUGCAACUUUCCAAUCACAUGAUGGACAAGCACUCUAUAUGAUUAAGGACCGAGUGCAAAAACCUCUCGAGUCUGUCGCAGAAUAUCGAAAUCGGUUCUACCGAAUGUUCAUGAAAAAUGAGCGAGGUGAACAAGUCGGAAGAGACUUGUUUAUCGAUGGGCUUCGCAGCCAAAUGAUAAGGGCCCCCAUCACUCACACACUGCAACAGAUCAUGGCUGCGACUGAAGAAAUGGAACGAAAAUUUGCGGCAAGCUUCCUAGAAUGGGAAGACUAUUCUAGGGAAGGAGAUUCCUCCAAACUUGCAAGAGCCAGAGCUGAACUGGUUGCGUUACAAAACAAGUUUGAAAACAUAGGGUUUGUAUCUGGCCCCGUCACGUAUCUGGAAAAGACAGGCUCCAAGCGACCAAGCCGAAGCGAGGUCCCAAGUAUCCCUGUCCCUGUAGUACCAACACUCGUCGAAACCCCGACGAAAACCAACGAAUCUGCCGCCAUCUUUGAGCUAACCAAAACACUGAUCAGCUUGAUUCAAGAAAGCAAGAAGGAACAGCGAGAGCACAAUGCUCGGAUGGAGGCCAUGAUGAGGAACAUGCGGCCUAUCGCUGUGCGCGCCCCCCCGAUUCAGCAAGGGCUAGCCCCGGCGCCUGCUCUCGGAGGAACCGCAAACAAUCUGAACGUCUGUUAUGCAUGUCAUCAACCAGGGCACUUAGCCCGUGAUUGCCCCCACCGCCCCCCGCAACAACGGAUCGGAGUCGCGCCGACGGCUGCGGCCCCCAUCGCUUACGGAACUGGACGAGUCGGAGCUUUAAUGGAAGAAGGAGAGGGUGAGGGAAGUGCCCUAGCUACCACGGAAGAGGCCGCCGAGCUAAUCCCGUUAGAUCAGUAUGUAUCACUUGGUUAUCCCGGGCUUGGAAUGAUCGGAACGAUGAGACCAGCGCCAGAACAGAAAGAGGUGGCGGAGUGGCGACCUUCUUCAGGAGAGAUGGAGUCGGGAGGACCCACCUUCGUCACUGCGGAGAUCGACGUGUUGAACAUCAUCCGAGCUUUAGAUCAUCGGAUUCCGCUUUCGAUCAGUCUUUUGCUUUCGAUCUCUGAGCAAGCUCAUGAGCGAAUGCUACAACACUGCAAGGCGAACCGAAAGCGAUUCCCCCUCGCCCGAAUACCGAGCGUAAAAGCCAAAAGCCUCACGCCGGACAAAAACGCGACUGAGUUCGUCGAGCUCUCAUUUUGCCUGCUACGAGUGGAUCUGAACUGGACGUGGGAAGGCGAUCGGAGGCCCGCGUCAGAAACCGUGGAGCUGCUUAUCCUUCAGGCAUGGAGGACUAACGUGGCGGAAGAUCUUCUGGGAUUCAUUUUUGGAGCGGUAGAUCGGGGAUACCGAUCACAGAUCGUGCGCGAACUUACGAUUGUGAUCGCGCGACAGGCCGACGAGCUCCCCCUCAAUAUCAUCUCUCAGAGUGACGAGGAGCCCGUGCCGCACGUCCUCUUAAGGACUCUCGCCCAGAGCCUCCAGUGGUCGGCUUGUAUUGAGGAGCGCUGGGCGGACGACCGUUUUCCAUCCCGCAGCGAGUACCUGGACGUUCACAGCCUAACUAACCCCCUCUUCUUUCGACAACCAACGGCGUUCGAGUGGGCAACGCUGAGAGAGGAAGAAGAAGCAGAAGAAGAAUCGGAAGGAGAAUUAAGAAGGGAAGCCAGGAAAGCAGCGGCCCGGUUGGCCGAGGACGAGGAAGAGGAACGCGAAGCAGAGAAAGAAGAAGCAGCGGAAGCCGAGGAGGAAAGAGAAGAAGAAGAAGAGGAGGAGGAGGAGACUUCGGAAGAGGAGGAGGAGGAGACUUCGGAAGAGGAGGAGGAAGCAUAUAGCGAGCACAGUGAGGGGGGGCAAAGUGAAGAGGAGGAGGACGAAGACGAUGACGAAGGAGUGGAAAGCGGAGAAGACGAUCGGGAGCCAACGUACGACGACGAGCUCGAGUGGGUGCCAGAACCGGAUCGUCGAGAGGAGAACCCUGAGGCCGCCGCGCAGCACAAGAAGGAGGUCGCGAAAGGAAAGCGGCCAGUGAUCGACUCCGCACCGAACGAUCCCUCCAAGGAUCCCGAGCCUCCCAAGUCGAAACAUGGGGACCUUGCUGCCACGACCCCGAGCGCCACGAUGACAAGGUCUUUGAAAUGUGCGUCAUUUGCAUUGCAGGCGAUGAUGGCUCGGAUGAAGGAGAUCACUGUGUGGCGUUCGACUGCGGGCCUCGCCGAGGAAAAUGUCCCAGCAAACGGAUGUGCACUGCCAAACAAACAUGGUGGCCGGAUGAUGACGACAUUUACCAUCCUUUUGAAUGGUACCUGUGCAAUGGAGUCGUCGACUGCUAUGGACAGAGACGAAGAGUUUGCAAGGAAGGCCUACUUCCGUUGCGAUGGAGGGCGAUGUGUGCACAACGUAGCCUUCUGCAAUGGAACGAAGGAGUGCCGAGAUGGCUCCGAYGAAAACAAUUGCCAAUCCAARACUUGUCCGGAGGGAUUCAGGAAGUGCAAGGACGGUCGGACUUGCMGUGCUGCAGACCUAUUCUGYGACGSCAAGCGCGACUGCCCGGACGGAUCUGACGAAAGCCUCCAAACAUGCGGGUGUCAGGACUUGAACCAGAGGCUCUGUGCUGACAAUAAGACCUGUGUUGCCAGACUGAAGUUCUGCGAUGGAGUACAGGAUUGCCCCGACGGGUCAGAUGAAAAUAGGGAAUUUGCUGGGUCAGACUGCAUAGAUGUGAAGUGCAAUGCCAGCAACGGCGAGUACCAGUGUCCAACGGGACCACUGUCGUUCUCGUGUCUUUCCAGAACCGAUUUUUGCAAUGGCUGGAAUUAUUGUGCGGACGGCUCAGAUGAGGAUAUAGCCAACUGCAGGAAGCUCCCAUGCAGCAGUGAUACGUUCCGAUGUAAGGACGGCAGUUCUUGCGUAGGCCCAAAUCAACAGUGCGACGGGCGUUAUGAUUGUCGAGACAGGUCUGAUGAGAAUUCGAGCUUGUGCAAGACUUUUGACUGCAGCAGCACCGAUAGAGUGAAGUGUCCGAGCGGGGUGGGAUGCAUGGACUCGAGAGAGAAGCUUUGCGAUGGAAAACGAGACUGCCUGGAUGGCAGCGAUGAGACACGCGCUGCUUGUGCAAGCAUUACCGGGUGCAAUGCUGAACAAGUGCUGUGCAAAUCUCCCCGGAAAUGCAGGCCAGGUGUUUACUGCGAUGGCAUAUAUGACUGUAGAGAUGGGGCUGAUGAGGACCCCAGCUACUGCAAGAACUACACGUGCCCGAGUGAAACGUGGCGCUGCAAGAACGACAUUCAAUGCAUUGGAACUCCGUCGGUGUGCGAUGGGAAGAACCAUUGCAAGGAUGGUUCAGAUGAGGAGGCUGGUUUCUGCCAGUCUUACAACUGCACAUCGCUUGAAGGAACAGGCUCAUCCCGCUUCAAGUGCCCAACGAAUGACAAGAAGUGUAUCAGCGGAGCACUGUGUAAUGGAGUCGUUGACUGUGCAGAUGGUAGUGACGAGAGUGCCACCUUCUGCCAGACGUACAACUGCCCUGCGGGUCAGUGGAAGUGUACAAAGACUCCGCAGUGCAUCGGUGUUGACGAUGUGUGUGAUGCAAAUGCGGACUGCAAAGAUGGCACUGAUGAGGGUGCGGAAUUUUGUAAGACUUGGAAAUGUGCUCCGGGCUACUGGAAGUGCAAGGAUGGGAGCAAGUGCAUCUAUGGACGCAAUUUCCUCUGUGAUGGGUACUCCAAUUGUGACGAUGGCUCUGAUGAGUCUGUUGAAGUCUGCUCGACUAUCAGAUGUGAGGACUUCGGCAAUCAGAGAUGCCCUGACAAUCCGAACAGAUGCUGCACGUGGCGUCUGUCGUCGCGCGUUUUGGUUAAGCCCCGUAGUUUCAGAGGCUCGUCGGUUGCCGCAUCGCCGACAAUUUCCGCAAGGCGUGCGGGGCCAAUACGAGGCGAUGGAAUUCCACGGAACCACUGUGAGUUGGUGAUAUGGAAGGAGGAGACGGAAGGGAGGGAAAUUGGUAGCGAUAACGACGAAGCCGGGGGAUAUGAAGUGUUGCGUCUUAUCCGUAGUGGGAAAAUCGGGGCACCUUGGAUCACUGGUUAUGGCACACUCAAUGUGGUGAUAGACCGACAUGGAUCGAUGGAGAAGAUGCAGAGGAUGGGCUGGAACAGGAAUGGAAUGGCUAAUCGUGGCGAGCUUUUCGUGUCUGGGCUCGAUGACGAUGAGGAGGUCAAAGAUAAUGAAAGAGAUGAGUACACGAAGCUAGAUAAGCUGGAGAAGCUGAAGCAGAAAGAUACGGCAAGAACUGUCGAAAAGAUGAUCCAAGAGGACGAUGGCGAAGAUGGAGAUGCUGGAGAAGAAAGACGGAGAGCCGCCAUUGGUGUCGUGCUGACUGGAGAGCUGUCGUGCAAGUACUCCGGGUUACCCGAGUCCGCUUUGCGGUGUCCAAUAACAGGCUGCAAGGCUUCGCCACAGGACGCUUAUGAUCUACAGAUUGCAUAUCCUUGUGGGGAGGAUGUAUCCUCCCCAGGGUUUACGGUUUCUGGAAAUAUGCACCAAUGGGGGCGCCACCCGUUGAUUGCGCAGGAGCUCAUCGCACCGAUCGUGCAAUUGGCGGACGAUCUCUCGCCCUACAUCUAUUCGCAAAGUGAUGACAGUCCUGCUCUGUACGUUCUCAAGCGGUCAUUGGAUCCGUACCUUCAGUGGACUGCGUGCUUGGAGGAGCCCAGGGACGAAGAUACGCUGCCAUCGCGGCAGAAGUAUCUCAAGCCUUACGAUAUCAUCCCUCACGCCUUUUAUCCGAAGGCCGAGGAAGUGGUGAUCGACAACAACGACGAAGAGAACGCCGACGAGGAAACAUUGGAGGAGGGAAGCUAUAGCGAAUAUAGCGAGGGUGAGCUGAGUGAAGAAGAAGAGGGAGAAGAAGGAACCGAGUCUGAGUGGGAAGCUUUGCCAGAGGAAGCGGCGCGCACGGGCACGGAGGCGAAAUGUAGCGGACCUCUGGUUGGCGAUGAUGGCUCGGAUGAAGGAGAUCACUGUGUGGCGUUCGACUGCGGGCCUCUCCGAGGAAAAUGUCCCAGCAAACGGAUGUGCACUGCCAAACAAACAUGGUGGCCGGAUGAUGACGACAUUUACCAUCCGUUUGAAUGGUACCUGUGCAAUGGAGUCGUCGACUGCUAUGAUGGAAGCGAUGAGAAAAAGGACUACUGCAAGCCUUUCAACUGCAMUGACUACGGGGGUYUGAAAUGCCCGAACGGGGUUGAAUGCUUGUGGACGGAGACAGAUGACAGCUCAGAUGACCCUGUGUUCAAGUUCUGCGAYGGCAUCCCGGACUGCAAAGAUGGAAGUGACGAGGCUGGGUGGUAUUGCAAAAACCGUCUCUGCUCCACUCAGGACAGAGACGAAGAGUUUGCAAGGAAGGCCUACUUCCGUUGCGAUGGAGGGCGAUGUGUGCACAACGUAGCCUUCUGCAAUGGAACGAAGGAGUGCCGAGAUGGCUCCGAYGAAAACAAUUGCCAAUCCAARACUUGUCCGGAGGGAUUCAGGAAGUGCAAGGACGGUCGGACUUGCMGUGCUGCAGACCUAUUCUGYGACGSCAAGCGCGACUGCCCGGACGGAUCUGACGAAAGCCUCCAAACAUGCGGGUGUCAGGACUUGAACCAGAGGCUCUGUGCUGACAAUAAGACCUGUGUUGCCAGACUGAAGUUCUGCGAUGGAGUACAGGAUUGCCCCGACGGGUCAGAUGAAAAUAGGGAAUUUGCUGCGUCAGACUGCAUAGAUGUGAAGUGCAAUGCCAGCAACGGCGAGUACCAGUGUCCAACGGGACCAUUGGCGAUUUUGUGUCUUUCCAGAUCCAAUUUUUGCGAUGGCUCGAAUUAUUGUGAGGACGGCUCAGAUGAGGAGAUAGCCAACUGCAGGAAGCUCCCAUGCACCUACGAGAAUGAGAUCCGAUGCAAGGACGGCAGCCGCUGCAUAAGCCCAUCCGAUCAGUGUGAUGGGGAGUACGAUUGUCAAGACAAAUCUGAUGAGAAUUCGAGCUUGUGCAAGACUUUUGACUGCAGCAGCACUGGUAGGGUGAAGUGUCCGAGCGGGGUGGGAUGCAUGGACUCGAGAGAGAAGCUUUGUGAUGGAAAACGAGACUGCCUGGAUGGCAGCGAUGAGACACGCGCUGCUUGUGCAAGCAUUACCGAGUGCAAUGCUGAACAAGUGCUGUGCAAAUCUCCCCGGAAAUGCAGGCCAGGUGUUUACUGCGACGGCAUAUAUGACUGUAGAGAUGGGGCUGACGAGGACCCCAGCUUCUGCAAGAACUACACGUGCCCGAGCCGAACGUGGCGCUGCAAGAACGACAUUCAAUGCAUCGGAAACCUGUUGGUGUGUGACGGGAAGAAACAUUGCAAGGACGGUUCAGAUGAGGAGGCUGGUUUCUGCCAGUCUUACAACUGCACAUCUCUUGAAGGAAUAGAGUCGUAUCGCUUCAAGUGCCCAACGAAUGACAAGAAAUGUGUGAGUGGAAUACUGUGUAAUGGAUAUGUGGAGUGUGCAGAUGGUAGUGACGAGAGUGCCACCUUCUGCCAGACGUACAACUGCCCUGCGGGUCAUUGGAAGUGUACAAAGACUCCACAGUGCAUCGAUGUUGGAAGUGUGUGUAGUGGAAAUGUGGACUGCAAAGAUGACACUGAUGAGGGUGUGGAUGUUUGUAAGACUUGGGAAUGUGCUCAGGGCUACUGGAAGUGCAAGGAUGGGAGCAAGUGCAUCUAUGCAUACAGUUUCCUCUGUGAUGGGUCUUCCCAUUGUGACGAUGGCUCUGAUGAGUCUGUUGAAGUCUGCUCGACUAUCAGAUGUGAGGACUUCGGCAGAGUCAAAUGCCCUGACAAUCCGAACAGAUGCUGUUCAUGAGAGGCAGAGAUGACAGGACUCACGUGUGUGUGUGUGUGUGUGUGUGUGUGUGUGUGUUGAGAGAGAGAGAGAGAGAGAGAGAGAGAGAGAGAGAGAGAGAGAGAGAGAGAGAGAGAGAGAGAGAGAGAAGAGAGAGGCUGUAAACAACUAGCUACCCUGCUUGGAUUAAAAAUUGUGUCUUCCUCUCACUUUCUUUUUAUUUUCCACUAUCUGUGUCGUAUUGUUGUGAACUCUUCUCCCAGAUUACUCUGAGGCUUCUUUGUGUUCUGUGUGAGGUCACUCUCAGUUCAAAGGAGGAGGAGCUAAGGUGACCGACAUCCAUAUUCGUGAUUUUAAUAAGCUUAGGAUUUCAAAGAGAGUAAUUAUUGAUGUUUUUUUCUUUCCCCCUCUUCUUCUGCACUCUCUCUCGGGACGUUUUUCCACCAGAAUUC